ACUGCAGACCACAUCACAUCUCUAUAGGCCACUCUGUUACAUCAGUGUGUUGUUUUCUUGUUUACAUUUUGCGGUGCGUUGCGAUGAACAAUAGAGGAACGUUCCCAAGUGGUGACACAGUGUGACUUCCUUCCUGUGUGACAGAUGAGUGUAUAACUCUAGUCUCUAGAUGUAGGGUGCAAACCGGAAUAUACUUCACUACACUUCACCCCCCCAAAAAAAGGAUCAAGCUAAGGCUGCAGUGUCUACAUGGCCCUCCGAUUUGCAGGUGAGAGGUCGCCAACACACCAUGCAGAUAUUAAUUACAUCUACAUCAGCAUUUAUACACACACUGACAAACGCACACACACACGCAGCCACAGAAAUGCACGCACACACACAAAUGUCACCGGUAUGACAGGGAGUGAUAUACUACUGUACUCACAAUACAGGAACAUUAAAAACACCCCUAGAGCUGUUCUCAAAUUACCUUUUUUUCCCUGUAACUUGUUAAUUGUGUGUUUAACAGUUCCAAGGAAAAUAUUUUUCCUUCAAGGUGUAACCUCAUUGAAAGAAUGUCUGGUUGAUGUUAGAUAAAGAAAAGGAAAGCUGCACACACUAGUAGGUCAGAUGCAAUAAUUAUAACCUUAUAACCAACGUUGACAGACAAGCUGUCUUCAUCAGGGUUGAUGUUAGAUACCAGAUUAAAAACUGAUGGCAGAGCAAAACUGAGAUACAUAUUCACAACAGUCUGAGUUUCACUCUGGGUCGAUGAGUUAACAUCACAGUCAGUCAGAGAUGGUAGAUCUGGUGUACUAUAUAUAAGCUAUAUAUGCCACUGUUUUGCACCCAUGUUAACCUAGUGUACCAGAUCAAAAAACUCAAAUAUAGGUCUUCAGACUGCAUAAAGAGAUGCACUAUUACAAAUUCGAGUUACUAAUUUCCUGUUUCCUGUCAGGAAGGUGUUAGAUCCUGUAUAGAUCGAUGGUUGUGAAACUCUUUUUUUCUUUCUUCUUCAUAGAAAUGUACAACAUGGAACACACAAAACAAACCCAAACACAGUCACAUACCAUUGCACAUAAAUUCACCCAAAUUACAAACUUUCUUAUUUGUCUACUUACCUCGUAAGAAGUAUGGACAAAUUAAAAUUAUUUUAAAGGCAUACUAUAUUUUCCAUUCGUUUUUACAUGUUAGUAGGUUGAUGAAUGUCAAGUGUUCUUGGAGACACGUCUCCUCCCGUUGCUCCCCUCCGGCGGUCUGAUUCGCCGGUCUAACCGGUCUGAGCGCACCGCCUCGGCAACACCGGAGUGGAAACCCAACGCACCCUAAUCACCUCCAGCGUACCUACACCUCAUCAUCACCCCUGUAUAGCCCUGGACUGUUCAGUGUUGUGUUGCGUGUGAUUGUUAGUGUCAUGUCCUGUACUCGCUAUUUGUUGUUCUCUUGCUCAGUGUUACGUAAACCUGUACAUUGUUGAUUUCUGCGUCCUUUCUAUUCGUAUCCUCAUUACUCGUCACACUUGGUGUGUACUCUCACAAAGCACUUCCUUAAACUUAAUACCUUGCACACAUUUCCCCAUAUUUGGUUGACCACAUGUUUGAAGAGAUUGGUGUCAAUUCCCAGCACUUUACUCUGCAAUAUACCUACUCAACUCUCCGUUCUGGCACAAAUAAUAGGGCAUUGUUUCGUUAACUGUUGUUCUCUGUAUGGUUGUACUGUUUCUGUGGUAGUGUUUGUUUGUCACUUGUGUUUUGUUUCACCCGUCUUUCCUAUGGGACGUUAAACGAGUACCCUGACUCUGUGGUCAUUAAAAAACCCAUGGCACUUAUCGCAAGAGUAGGGGUGUUAACCCUGGUGUCCUCGUUAAAUUCCCAAACCAGAUAUAUUUCCAUAAUGGCCAACUAAUCAUCCCCCUGAUUCCCAAUUCGAAUCUCCCCUCACCUCUCCAACUGACAGCUGAAGUGCUGUGAGCGUUCCGGCACAAAUUGUAGCCGUGCAUCAUUUCAGGGUGAUACACAAUGGUGGUGGAAGGUGAGUUUCCCCCCUUACAGCACUUUGAGCAUCUGGAAAAGUGCUAUGUAAAUGCAAUCAGUUAUCAGGUUCUUCUGUCAGUCACACCAAAAUUAAAAUGAUCAAUAACUAGUUAAGAUUACAUCAUAAAUAUUCAGCCAUACAUGGUAAUGUGUUGCUUUUCCAGAUUCCUACAAUGAUAAAGUUUAUAGUAAGUUUUUCAUCACAAAGCUGGAACAUUAUCAACAUAAUCGUCAGUACAGGGAGAAAGUGAUGUGAGAUGAGAUUCCUAUUGUGAGUGACAACACAGACAAGAAACAGCAUAGAACUGACGCUGCAGGUCAGAGCUUGUAUGAAGGAGAAUGAAGGUAGAUUUCUCCUUGAGAUGUUAUGCGGUUUAAAUCGUUUCAGUUUUUAUUUUUUAAUUUUUUUUAUGUCCAUACAUGCAUCUAAUGUGUCUGCGCGUGUUUGUGUAAUUUCCUCUUAAUUUCUUGGGAAAUACCGAUACCUCUUAUAUGGAAUCUCUCCUUCAAUGGAAUGGAGGGUGGGUUGUCCUGCUUUACAUAUAGGACUGCGCUAUCACCACCCAGCAAUAAAACAGAGAGAGGGAGAUCAGUGAAACAACAAGAGAGAGGAAGUGGUGAAUCACUAAGAAUCUUAAUAAGGUACGCAUGAGGCUUUUAUACUAGCUGGAAAUGUAUUUUAGACUGACCACAAGUCUUAGAUUUACUGUGAGUGAUAUAUAAAUCUAAAUAAAAAUAUGUAAAUAACAAUGUUAAAAUAAAUAUGAAUAAAUUUAGUCAAUUACAGUGCAUACAUAGCAAAAAUUGGAAUAUCAAUUAAAAGGAAAUUGACAAGAUGACAUGCAAUCAUGCAGUAGAAGUGUAUUUUGCUGCCAGGGCUGAAAAUAUAUUUGAUCAAUACACAAUAUAGUAAUUAUACAAUAGUACAGGGAUAACAGUGACUAACACAUAUCAGGAGUUGGUAUUGCACAACCUAAAACUUCUUAUGUCAUUAAGUUAUCUUCAAUAUUUUUGUAAACCAAUUAUUAUUCUGUUAGGCAAAAACGGUGUCUACCGCUAAUAAAAACAACAUAUUGGGUGAGUGAAGCUCUCUAGUAGUCAAAGCCUGUAUUCUGCAAGAUUAAAGACAAAUCGUGAAAAGUUCACAUAGUAAAAAGCAGGUAACUGAGCUUUCUUUGACAGCCUCUUCUACAUGACACCGUCUGGAAACCUGUUGGUCCACAGUUAUCUUCUCCACUGGAAUACUAUGGCUUUUAAGGUAGAUUUUUUUGGGUCACCUGUUAGAGUAAAUGUAAUUCCUGUUAGUCUGUUCUGUUGUAUUUUCACCACAUGUUAAGGUUGAACUCUGAAAGUGUUUUAGCUUCAUUGAUUUCCUCAAGUCUAUGCAAAUGCCAAAGUUGGAAUAGAUCCCACUUUAUUACUGUAUGGAAUCAGCAAUAUUAAUAUGAUUCAUAUUAUAUUAGAAUAUGUCAUAUGCAUAAAUAUUCAAGGAACAUUUUAAAUUUGCAGUGUACAAUCUUAACAUGAACAGGAAUGACAUUUACGCUAACAAGUGACCAAAAAUAACUAUCCAAUAAGCCACAUCUCCAAUCUGAUAGGCUGCCACCUCUACAAUAUAUUAUUAAAAAAGGUUCAAAAUUGAACUCCUCCCAUCACAAAAAGGUUCCAGUUUGAACUUUUACACAGGGGUUCCUCAAAGAACCUUUUCAGAGGGGUUCCUCAAGGAACCUUUUUCAACUGGAAAGGUUCCGCCGGUGUGGCAACCCAAAAGGUUCUUCCAGGCAACUUUACUUCUAAGAGUGUAGAUAAAGAUAGUUAGAAUCUCUUUAUUUAAAAAAAAGAUCAUACUUUGCCCUCUAAGCUGUAGAAACAGAUAGGGACUGUAGUGAUACAGACUAUAGAGCAUGUCAGUCAAGAAGAGACUUGCUCCAUUCAUUCAGACCCACAACACUGGGGUAAUCCAAUUUCUCUGGCAAUUCUCCAACAAUUAAAUUGAUCAGCUGGUCUAGAGGCACUCUGAUUGAGACAUGGAGGGUAACAGGAUCAUUAAUCUUUUGACUAUGAUAAGUGGCGUGUGGCCAGGCAGAUGCUGAGGGGGAAGCAGUCUAAUGCUCAACAGAACUAUAGGGAAGGUUACUGUAUAGGGUGGUGGCAGUGUGUGUUGUCUGGAGGGUGGUGGGCUAAGUGGUGACUCACUCUAGCAAUAAGCAAGAGACUUUGGAGGUAUCUCAGGCUGUCACACAAAUCAAUUAGUCUAGGUCUGGAAUAUGGUCCAAAAUCAAGCACCGUAUAUCAAUUAAGAUAUAUAUCGAUAUGGACUGUUCAGCAUUUCCUUUUAGUGAAGAGUUAUCACAUAUUUUGAAUGUUUACUUUUCCCCUAUUCAAGGAUACCAAUAAUGUUAAUUGUUUUGGUAAAUGUAUGAUUUCCCCAUAAAUGUACAUUUGCAAAUGUCUGAGGUAUCAAGCAAGUGUUUUGAAUGAUCACUUGUCACACACCCUCAAUAGUGAGACCAAAGGAUACUGGAUGAAAUGCAUGGUAUGAAACAGGAGUAAACUCAACAAUUACCGUGGUUUUUAAAGGUGGUGUCAAGUCUUCAAACAAACACCUACAUGACACAUUCCAACAGAUAAUAUGGCACGUUACGUAAUGUUGACUUUUGUUUCUGUUGCAGUUCAGCGGAAGAACAAAACAAUGACAGGUGAGUAGAUAUUUUUCCCCGCUCUAUCAUUCCACUACGUCAGACAUUCUCUUUUUGUCCCUCCCUGUUUUUCAUAGACAACCCUAUUUACUAGCUACAUCAUUAAUUAGUCUUGUUAUUCUGUUAGCUAACCUCAAACAUUCUUUCAAUAUGGUUAUACCUUGAAGGAAGAAUAUUUUCCUUUGAACUGUAAACAAGUUUAAAGAUGAAUGAUUUUCAGGGAAAAUAUAAAAUGAAUUCAGUCUAACUGUAGCUGUGACGGAUGUUACACCACAACCUGUCAUACCGCUUAACUUUUGUGUGUUUGUUUGUGUGUCCCCGACUGCCAUCAUAUGUGUGCUUCCAGACUAUGGUUUUGAGAGGGAGUUUGUGGAUGCUCAUAAUGACUAUCGCAAGAAGCAUAGUGCCCCGCCCCUAGCGCUGAGCAGAGACCUAUGUAACUCCGCCCAGAAAUGGGCAGAUCAUCUUCUGUCAAUGAAAAGCCUGAAGCACAGCUCCACCAAUCACGGAGAAAACCUUUACUAUGCAUACAGCUCCACCCCCAAAAAACCUGAUGGUGAGCAUAUGUCAGGAAAAAAAUCAAUCAAAUCAAUUAUUUAUUGCACAAUACAUUCAAUAUGUGGCAGAGCUCAACUAGCGGAAAGUACAGUAUUGAAUAGAGCCUACAGUGGAUAUUUUGUGUAUACAACUUAUCCUCUCCAUUUAUUAACUAGCAUAUGCAGACUGAUUUUGAGUGGAUACAUAUAUUUUUUAAUAACAAAUUGGUUCCGCUUCUAUUUUAAAAGGGAAGGCCGCAGUGGACAGUUGGUACAGUGAAAUCAAAGAUUACCACUUCAAUAAGCCUGGGUUCAGCUCCGGUACAGGUGAGAUACACAAUCGGCAGACUCUAGGGUAAAACAGGUGUGUACUGCCUCCACAAUCCAAAAAAGCUCACCUUUGUCACAUUCUUUCUGGAGUUUAACCUUGCGAAUGAAUCACCCGUUUAUUUAAUAGACCACAUCUGGCUCUAUUUCCAAUCACUGACAGUGUCUAAAUAGGCCUCCUACAGUACCUAUUGCUCUCCAUCCUCAACAUACCGAGUGUAUACACGGACUCCUAUACUAACAGUGCCCCCUGCUGUUGUUUCCAGGCCACUUCACCCAGGUUGUUUGGAAGGACUCCAUCGAGGUAGGGGUGGGCCUGGCCACAGAUGGGAACAUUUCCUUUGUAGUGGGCCAGUACCACCCAGCUGGCAACAUGAGCAACGCGGGCUACUUUGAGAAUAAUGUCCUACCACCGGGUAGCUCCACCUCUAGCACCCCCAAAUGUGCCCCCACAGGUAACACAUCGUUGAUUGGUUACAACGAUGAGCGAACAAGAAUGAGAAAAUACAGUUAUAUGUAAAUCCCAUACAACAGCCCAGUUACCAUUGUCUCUCUGCAAAUAAGCUACUACUUUAGAUAAACUAGGUAUUUCUGAAUGAACCCAAUGUAUGACACAGCAUCGGAUACCUCAAUCUCUCAACUGACACAUCGCUUUUCUUUCUUACAGCCAGAGGAGGUGGGGGCCUGAGUGUACCCCAGUCUGAAACUGCCAGAUCCUCUUCACCUGCAUAUAAGGCUCCUCAUCAUGCGAACAGCACUGGUGAGAUGUUUUAAAGUCAUUUUCAGUAAAUGUCUCCCAUUAUGUAAAGACAACAUAAUAUUGGAUAGAUAGGCCUAAUUCUGCCCUCUGAAUGUUUGCCAUAAAUCUUAUAGCCAUACAAUCGUUUCAAAUCCACACAAGUCUCUUGGUCAUUAGGAGAUGGAACAAAUAUUUCAACUUAACGUGCCGCCCGUCCAUCUGUCUGCUUGCUCUAAGACCUGGCCCAGUUCCACAGAGACUUCCUACGGGCGUGUAACAAACAGCGGGAGGCACACGGGGCCCCAGCCCUCACCCUGGACCCAGCCCUGAGUCAGGGGGCGCAGGCAUGGGCAGAGACCCUACUGGGAGAGAAGGUGUUGAAGAACUCAUCCUCCCCCCACGGUGAAAACAUCUGGGCCAAGACGGGGUCAGCGGGCAUCACUGCUACAGGUAGAGAGAACCAGGAGGACUGGAUGAUCUGCAGGGAAAGGGAUUUCUCAAUAGGGAGUAUAUACAUCGGGCAUAUUUUGAAUGGUUCCGGAUGGGGAUCGCUAACCCUAUGCCUAACCUUAACCUCACCCCGCCAACCCUAACCAAUUUCGAACCCUAUGCCUAGCCUUUGGAUAUGCCUAACCAUUGGAUCUGCCAGCUGAAUAUCCACUUCUUUCUCAAUAAGUACAUUCCCAGGGGAUCCCUCAUUUUUCUUCCAAUGUAUGACUUAUUUAUUUCUCUGAUAAGGUCAAGAGGUGGUGGACGUCUGGUACAAACAAGAGGAGAAGUAUGACUUCUCCAAACCAGGACAUCAGGACAAAACAGGUAAACAUAUCAGCAUUAAAGUAGACGACAGGUAUACAGUAAUGCAAUGUGCUACGCCAGAGGGGUCUGAAAUAGUAGCUAUAGAAAAUACACCUUGCUUUUUAUGGUUCUCUCUGCCCUCAGCAUUUCAUGUUUAAAGUUUGCCUUGCAUUGAUAUUUUCCUCAAAUGUUCAACAUAUUGAUAAUCCAAAAUAAUUGUGAUAAUUGUGCUCCAUUGUCAAUCAUCACUCCCUCUAUUUCUUUUCGUCACCCUCUCUUUUCUUCUCUGUUCAUCUGUUUUAGGGCAGUUCACACAACUGGUGUGGCGUAGCUCCAAGGAGGUGGGUGUCGGGCUGGCAAACAGUGGCACGGGGAUGCUCAUCGUGGUGGCACACUUUGAACCGUCUGGCAACAUCACCAACCCUGGUUACUACGCCCAGAAUGUGAUGCCAAAAGGGUCAAAAGUUACCGAUAAGCCAGUAGAGGUCAUCACUUCGAAAAUGCAGGUGUUGGCCGUGAACUCGCUGUCAGGUGAGCAGCAUCACAGAGCGUGUAAAUAUAUGAACCUUGAUGACAGGUUUAAGACAUCGUUGUGACAUUGUUGUGAAGGCACUAUAAGUGGGGGUGACAAAAAGUGUCACUCAUACCUUUAAAGGCUUAAUAAAGACGUAAUAUACCGUGUUCCUCUCCAUGUCCUGUAUAGCCAAUGAGCUUGGCCAGUUCGGCCAGGCUCUUCUGAAGUCUCUGAACCAAUACCGGAGCCAGCACGGGGCGGGACCUCUGGUGCUAAGCCCUGCCCUCACUAGGGAGGCCCAGGAUUGGGCGGCUCACCUGGUGAGCCGCAACACGCUGAUGAACAGCGGCAAAGGCCACGGGGAGAACAUCUUCUGCUGCUCUGGCUCCAGCACAGUGGCCCCUACUGGUGAGUCACAUACCUGCACUGACAUACAGCUCAUAAGAGCCAAUGGGUAAAAAGAAAGUCAAGGGCCUAAUUCCAAUAUGAAGUUUGAGUAACAUGAACUAACUCCGAUACUGGAUAUGAUGUUUGAAUAGUAGUCGACAAUCCAAAGUCUGUCAAUUCCUCAAAAGUUUGAUUUGUUGUUGUAUGGGGGGGAGGGGGGGGGGGGGGGGGGGGGGGUCGCAGGAAAAGGCUCUGCACAAUGCUUGUAAAGUUCCCAAAAAUGUGCAAUAAUUUAUACAUUGUCCUUCUCUUGCAUAUGAAAUAUAGGAUCAGAUGUGGCCGAGUCUUGGUACAAGGAGAUUGAGAAGUAUAAUUUAUACAUUGUCCUUCUCUUGCAUAUGAAAUAUAGGAUCAGAUGUGGCCGAGUCUUGGUACAAGGAGAUUGAGAAGUAUAACUUCUCUUCCCCUGGUUUUCAGAGUGGAGCAGGUAAGGUGUCCAGUGUCCUGACACCUCAUAACACAAUGCUAUUGAUAUAUAUAACCUCAUCCACAACAGUCACUGUACAGUAUAGAAAAUACAAUGGCUGUGCUAUUUAAAUCAAACUCAAAAUCAGGAAAACAGUGCUCCCUGGCAGUGAAUUUACCAUAAUCAACAACAUCUACGACAUGAAAACUAAAUUAAAGUUCAUAAGAAAUUGUUAGGAGUGAGACAUGCUGGCCAAGAAUGUGUUUAAUUCUGCAUUUGGUGUUUAUUUGAAAAAUAAAAUAACUUGAUUGGUGGUACUCUCAUCCUAGGUAAUUUCACUCAAAUGGUCUGGAAGUCCUCAAAGCAAGUGGGUGUGGGUUUGGCGACCAGUGGGCAGGGCACAUUUAUCGCCGUGGCGUUCUACGACCCAGCGGGCAACAUCACCAACCCAGGCUAUUUCCAUGACAACGUGAAAACCAAAGGAAGCAGGUUUUAGUCUGAGUCAUAUAUGUAGUAUGUAUGCCGGCGCUACCAAAGGUUCCUAUAGGAAUGGGGUGCUUAUCUGGGUAAACAGGUUGUUGCUAUAAUUUGUCCUCUUUUGGUAGGCUUUUGUCUUCCAUCAGAUGGCGCUAUUUUAACGCGACACGCAGUUGCCAGGAGCAAUCAGUGCAGACGGCCGUUUCGCUCUUACGCAAGACAAACUUGACCUUAACUUUUUUAACUUCUAUCUCAAAUCAUACCCUUAGAUUGUUCUUUUCUAGCUAACAACAUUACAUUUGGGGAAAAAAAUGGCUUUUAUGUUGUCUUAAUAGGAAAUAAUUUUAAUGGUUAUUUUUUCAUAAUUGCUGGUUUUAUAAAUGUUUGAGUAACAAGAAGGAAAUAAGUAAUAUAAAAAGUAACUGUCCAGUGAAAAUC